AUAAUAACUCUUUAAAAUAGCUGAUGGAGAAUUAGGAAAACCUUGGCAAAAUUAACUUUUAUAUAAUUAGAUUUCACAGGUAAUAAUUUUAUUCGCCGUGAAAUCAGUAUUGUUUUAAUUUUUAGUAAUUUAAUAGUUAAUUUUUUUCUUGCUAAUUUAAAUUAAUUCUAAAACUUUACAAAAUGUAUGCAAGUGUUUUAUCCCGUAAUUUUUCAACGUCUAUUACUCGAGCUGCUAUCAAAAAUGUAGUAGUUGUUGGUGGUGGAUUAAUGGGUUCUGGAAUUGCUCAAGUAUCUGCUCAAAGUGGACACAAUGUUACAAUUGUUGAAAUUAGUAAAGAACUGUUAAAUAAAACAGAAAAAAGUAUUCAAGGAAGCUUGCAGAGGGUUGCUAAAAAAAUGUACAAUGAUAAGCCUCAAGACGGAGAGAAAUUUGUUGAAGAAACAUUAUCACGUAUUAGCUCAUCUACAAAUUUACCUGAUGUUGUUCAAGAUUCUGAUUUAGUAUUGGAAGCAAUUGUUGAAAAUUUAUCUUUAAAACAUAAAUUAUUUCAAUCAAUUGAUAGUGUUGCACCAUCUAAGACAAUAUUUGCUUCAAAUACAUCAUCUUUGUCAAUUGGUGAAAUUGCAUCUGUCACAAAUAGAAAAGAUAGAUUUGCAGGUUUACAUUUUUUCAAUCCAGUUCCAGUAAUGAAAUUAUUAGAGGUUGUUAGAAUUCCUGAAACAUCAGAUGAAACCUAUCAAUUAUUAAUGGCUUGGGCUAAAACAAUUGGAAAAACUGCGAUUACAUGUAAAGAUACACCUGGAUUUGUUGUCAACAGAUUAUUAGUUCCAUUAUUAGUUGAAGCUAUUAGAAUGAUGGAAAGAGGUGAUGCUUCAGCUAGAGAUAUUGAUAUUGCUAUGAAAUUAGGAGCUGGACAUCCAAUGGGACCAAUUGAAUUAGCAGAUUAUGUCGGACAUGAUACAACCAAUUCCAUUUUGAAUGGAUGGCACAAAAAAUAUCCAGAAAAUCCAUUAUUUAAUCCAUGUCCAUCCUUACAAAAACUAGUAGAUGAGAAAAAAUUAGGAGUUAAAACUGGUGAAGGCUUUUACAGUUAUAAAAAAUAAAUAUACUUAUAUUUAAAAAAAUUGAAUUUUUACAGUAUACUACAGCUUAUAUAAACUGGAAUGAAUUAUUUUUUGUGUUAAUAUGGAUAAAUACUUUUUAUAAUUAAAAAAAUACAUUUUAAUAAACUUAUUAUUGGAGAAAA